AUGAAACGUAAAUGGCUUUCCGUGACACUGAAUAUACCACCAUUGCCACCUCUGAUGCCAGUACAGCGCGCUAGGCGUUUAGGACCAUUUCUAAUGCUUUACAUCAUUGGUUUCCUAUUGCUUGAAAUGUUGCUAUUCAAACAUGUACAUGUCUCGACUAUUCGUCAUCUCAUAGAAAUUCCAGAAGAUAAAGAGGAAUUUGGUUUAUUACCACCGGAUCUUGAGGAUGCUGAAUUGAUGGUUGCCCAAGUACCGCAGUGGAUGACGGACAAAAGUAGUAAUGUACCUGUGCAGGAACGUGAGCACUUAAGCUGGCUACACUCAGUGUGUAUGGCUAAGAAACAAGCUAUUAUCUCAUGGCAACAUGGUGUCCAACAUUUUUCAGAUCAUGAAAAUAAAUUUCAGGCUCAAAUACUCGAGAGAGACGAUCCACGAAUUCUUGAACAAUUAAGGAAAUGUCCAGAUGUGGAUAUUUAUCUGCCUGAUGGUAUACGUGACGUUGAAUAUUGCGAAAAUGGCGUGGCUUUAACAAAAUUUUUACACUCGCGAAUGUUGCCAUUGUGGGCGUUAGAAGACAAUUUUUUUGAUCCAAAGGUGAAUAAGAGCGUCAUGUAUUAUGACUUAUGUCCAUUGACACCACUCAUAUUUUUCAAUCAUUAUUGGGAUGAUCGACCAACGAGGUCAGAGUGGCCAGAAGCGAAACCAAUUUAUGUUUUACCAAACCUUGAAAUGAGAGAGAUGACGGCCAAUCAUUACUGGCGUGUGGAUGUUGUUCUUUGUCGAACGCUCACUUGUGAUCAACGUACAAAAGCGUGGUAUGCACAGGAGGGCAAUCCACGGAAUGCCAAAGUCUUUUACACUAAAUUUACGUCUUCAGAUGCAGCUAGUCACGCGUUUGAGAUGAUUGGAAAAGAAACAAUUCGAGACAAGAACUUUGCCAAUGUACGCUUUACACACAUGGCUGGUUUAAGUCCGUAUAAAGGCACCAAGCAAGUCCUUGAUUGCUGGUUGUCCGACCCAAACUUGCCACCUUUGGAUUUGUACAUUGAUCGAAAUUAUUACGAUAACCAAUAUUCGUCUGUAUCAAAUGAUGCAAUUUUAAAAGCAUCUAACGUGAAUUUGAUUCGUAAACGUUUGGAUGCUUUAGCCUUCGGUCAAGUGAUGGCCGAGUCGUCUUUUUUUCUUUAUCCAAGCAUACAAGAAGGCUACGGUCACCUUAUUAAUCAAGCUCGUGCUUCGGGAGGAUUUGUGAUUACAACCGAUGUUCAUCCAAUGAAUGAGCUUAUCUCUUCCGAUAAAAGUGGGAUCUUGCUUGAAACGCAGCGUGUAUCUGGAUCAGAUAUACUUUUUGGAGGCGCAUAUCGUGGUUCUCAUGGCCUCAAAUCGGUUGAUGGUCUUGUCGCUGAGUUUACAGCCAAAAACCUUUGCGCUUCAGUAACGAAAGUGCUCAAAUUGACUUCUAAAGAACGUCAAGCUAUGGCGAUGACAGCACAGCGCCAAUAUCACAAAGAUACCAAAUUUUUUGCGCAACGGAUGAUCCAACUGCGACUCUUUGCACGACAACAGCGUCAUUCCUGGGUACCCCCUGAAGGAGACAUCGCCGUAGGCGAUCCUGAACCAUUGCGUGGAUGA